AUUAAAUGUAAGCGUGAACUCGUGAAAGUCGCUAUGUAUUAGUAGAGGGACAGGGAGUUUCUUCUAUGUAGUGAGAAAAAUCUGAGUGAAUCAGAUUAUCAGAAUGAAAAGAAAAAAAAUUGGGCUGAAGUUCUAUGCAUCGGUUCUUGAAUGUUGAGGCUGCAACCGAUUGUAAGAAAGAUGCUUUUAUGUGAAAAAGAGGUUUUAUGUGGACAGAAUGAUUGGAGAAGUCUGGCAUACAACACCAGAAAGGAGUCUUUUACCAAAAGAUUGAGUUAUGUUUUGAGGAAAAAAAAUUGAUGGUAAAAAAAAAUGGUAAUUAAUAAUAAUCUUUGAACUAUACUUUAAAAUAACCUGGUCAUAAGAUUAAUUUAGUCAAGUGACAAGAUCAAUCUUGCGAUUUUACAAAGAAAUACAGGAUUGGUCAAAUAAAGGCCCCAAUUAAUUGGAAAGUAUUGUUAUUUUUGCACAACCCUCCUGCUUAACGUUUUAGCCAUAAAAGAAGAACUGACACAUUUUUAGAGAUAAAACACACAUGCAGGGGUUCUGGUCUGGGCCUGAACCUGUUCUCACAUGUUAGUGGACGAUUGCCCUUCUUCUAAUGUGGUUGUGUGUAUUUGUGUCUUUGAGAAUUCAUUAACAUUCCUCUCUUUCCUCUCAGGUGCAGAAGUGACGGACCCCAACAUGUCCGACAGCCGCGGCGAGCGCAUGGACCUCCUGGUAAAGCAGGAGGAGGCCGCAGCGGGGGACGGUGGGUUUCUGUCCGGGGAGCGGGAUGAGGCCGUGGCCCAGGAGAGAGCGGGUUCGGUGGCCAACCUGCGAGCCGCCCUCAUGAGCAAGAACAGCUUGUUGUCUCUGGGGGCAGAGAUGCUCGGAGAGGAGAACCCACUUCUGUUCGACUACCUGCCCAAGGGAGGACACUCUCUCUCCCGGCCUCGUUGCUCCAAUGGCAGCAGCAGCUCCCACCAUCCAGGAGCCCUGUUUGGUAGCAAACACGGGGCGUCUUCAUAUUCUCCUACAUCUACUCUUCCUCCUCUUCCUCUUCUACUGCCGCCUCCGCCAUCCGUGCCACGGCCCCCAGGGGCCCUCAGUAUGCCACAGUCUGGGGGCUCUCCAGACAAGCUCCAUGCAGAAGGGGCCCUGAAGGCCUCACCCACUGAGGAGGAAAUGCAAGAAGAAGACAAUAGUCCAAAUAACAAUGCAGGGCUGGAGCGUGUCCAGGUUCCUGUAGAGGAAGAUCAGAUGGUGGAGGAGAAGCAUGGAGUGUGUGUGGCGGAGGUGGAGGGCGGAGGGCCGGGCUGGCGGCAGGAGCUCGCCUGCUCUCUGUGUAAGCAACUGUUUAGCAGCCUGCUUCAACUGAGACAGCACGAAUACAGCCACACGCUCUCGCUCAUGGCCCUCUCGCUGGACUGCCUCGACCACCAUCGCCCCCUAGUGGCCCCAUCUCUGCACAACCCUCCGUCAGCACGCUACCAUUGCUCGCAGUGUCCUGCCAGCUUCACUCUCAAGUCCAACGCCGACCGCCAUGAGAAGACCAUCCACCUCAAACGGAAGCUGAUGCAGUGCAUGUACUGUCUCAAGCACUUCCGCGACCGCACUGACCUGAACCGCCACCUGUCGUCCGUGCAUUCCAGCGAGCGCGUGUACACGUGUCCCGCUUGCUCCCGAACCUUCAGCACGCAGAAAAACCUGGCUAGCCAUGGCAAGGUCUGCUGUCAGUCGGGAAUCUUGCCCACCGAGCAGCUGUGGAACCUGCACAGAUUAAACGAAGAUGAGCACGGCCACAUCCGUAUAGAUGACUGAUUCUCCAAACCAACAACAUUCAUCAUUUCAUUAAUAAGGGAAUGUGAUGCAAACCCAGGUCAUCCCAGGCCUCCUCCAACUUUUGGCCACAGCACUGUUGACAUUUGUACAUUUCUUUUUACUGUACAUUCGAUUUGUAUGUUCUUUAGAUAUCUAAAUCGGCAGGGUUUUUUUUAAUGAUUACUGCACAUGGCUGCUAAGGCACAAUUGCUUUGCAGAAUAAAGACAUUUUAUGUCAUUUCUCUAUUUGCACCUAGAGCUGUCUGCUUUUUGUACCAUGCAGGAUUAUUCAAGGUCUUACUGAAGACUGGGAAACAGAGAUCUCAGUGCAUUGGAUACCAAUGCUUUUUCAUUUUCAUUUUCGUCUUUACCAGCGGACUAAUCUUAUGCUUAGUCUGCAAGACAGACUCAGGCACAGGGGUUUCUGUAACUUAUCGAGAUGUUAAGUAGUUAAUUCUGCUGUUAAACCUGUGCACAAUGCUGCCCUCUGCAGGAGAAUCUCUCUUUUGUCUUCCGCACUUGAGUCUGAGAAGAUAAUUGGGAUGAGGAAUAUUAGGGAAUGUCCUGAAUCUAUCAGUAAGCUACAUUGUCUUCAAAUGUGUGUGUGUGUGUGUGCGAGUGCGAGUGCGAGUGUGCCGAAUUAUGACAGUAAUUAGCUCUUCUCGGCUCUCACUCAUGCGGACUCUAAAUCGCAUUGAUAAGGGAGAUGUGAGAGGAAAAGACAUACUUUCUUUAAUGUUGUGACCAGUCCUUGUGUGACCUCACACUAGGUCGGUAGAAAUGUAAAAGGGGAUUGAGGGUCCCUGCUAACAGAGAUGGAUCUAAAUUAUAGUGGUAUUGUUAUGUUAAAUCUUAGCUGUAUCGCUGAGUGGUCAGGCCACAAAGUUAUCUGGUAGUGUUUUGGGAAAUCUUCAAGGCAGUCUACACUUGUAGUAAUACCUGAAGGAGAUGUUGUUACAUUACUUGCAGUUUUCACACAACAUAUGUUAUACAGUUAUGGCAAGUUCAUUAGUGGAUCAGUGGGUGCUUACACACUAGAGGCAGCUCUGAUGGGGUGUUCGAUGGAUAAGGGACGUGUUAAACCCAUUUUGAGAGUGUGGAAGAGCUUAGGGGGUUGAAAUCAAGCAAAAAUACAGCAAACAUUCAUAUCCAUUCUGAAAUUCUACUCGCCUCUCUAAGAAUCUCCGGGAUUGUUCAACAGAUGCAGUGCGCACUGCAGCAGAGCACGUUACCAUUUUCGCAACUUUUGACCGUCACUCAACUUUCCUCUUUGAAAUCAAUGGAUUUGCAAUGUUGCAGUAAAUCAGUUGUGACAGAAACUGUGAAUGUGUUGACAUGCUUCCUGACACAGCAGUGAGAGAGUGGAUUGUCACACUAGAACAUACCCAUACCCAUAAAUCUUACAUCCCAAGUAUGCAAAAGGCCUCUUCUUUUCACCGUUUUUCUUUUCUUUGUUUCGUCAGAAAAUAAGUUUGUCUGUUGUCUUUGUAAAGAUCACUUUUUUGCACACACUAUCUGAUCUUUGUGUCAUGUAAAACUUUGUUGUUUUUUUCGUCAAACAUAAUAUCUGCUUUGUUUGCUUGCAACAACUUUCCAAGUUAUAGAAUGAAAGCAAGACGUCAAAAUGUUUAGUGUGUUGCUGGAUUGAAUUCGGAGGGAUUUGUGAAAGGAAUCACUGUUUAUCACCUAUGCAAAGAUAGAGAUUUGCACUGACAUUUUCAAGGUCUUAGCACUUUCUCCUCAGGAAAUGAAAGGACUGGUGCACUCUGAUGUUGUCUGAAGAGGUUUGAAUGGUGGGUGUAAAAACGCAUCAGAAAUCUCAGUCACAGUUUUGAAUUGCACUAUUUUUUAUGACAAAAAAACAACAACUUUAGACUAAAACCAAAAAGAUUUUGGUAAAUUAUGUAUUUUGGAAGAGUUCUAACUGGUUGGUUGUAAUUUUUUAGACAAUAAAUUUUGACGUAAGCAUCAAAGA